UGGCAGGCAAAAGGAUUUCUUUCUCCCCGGUUAAGGCCUCCCUGGACAAACACAGAUUAGCGGAGGACUUAAAAUGCUGAGACUUCUGAGCAAUGAGGAAUCUGAAGCAGGCUCGGGGAUAAAAGGGUUUAGUUCACGGAGCCUCCUUGGUUUUGGCCUUGGGGCGCUUGGAUUUCUUCUCCUGGGAUUUCUUAUAGGAUGGUUUGCAAAACCCAAUGGCAGCGUUCCCACUCAGGCUUACCAGAGUAUGAGGAAAGCAUUCUGGGAUGAAAUGAAAGCGGAAAAUAUUAGGCAAUAUCUCCAUAAUUUUACUCGAAUCCCUCAUCUAGCGGGAACAGAACAGAAUUUUCUUCUUGCAAAACAAAUACAAGCCCAGUGGAAGGAAUAUGGACUGGAUAAGGUUGAGUUGGCGCACUAUGAUAUUCUCUUAUCAUACCCAAAUGAAACAAAUCCAAAUUAUAUUUCACUUGUCGACGAACAUGGAAAUGAAGUCUUCAACACAUCUUUAUUCGAACCAACGCCACCCGGGUAUGAAAAUAUUUCAGAUGUUGUCCCACCUUAUAAUGCGUAUUCAGCUCAGGGAACGCCCGAGGGAGAACUUUUGUAUGUAAAUUAUGCUCGAACCGAAGACUUUCAUUUUCUGGAAAGGAAUUUAAAUAUCAGUUGCCUUGGAAAGAUUGUUAUCGCUAGAUAUGGAAAGAUUUUCAGGGGAAAUAAGGUUAAAAACGCACAGAAGGCUGGUGCCAUUGGACUCAUCCUCUACUCUGACCCUGCUGAUUACUGCGCUCCAGGAGUGGACCCCUAUCCGGAUGGCUGGAACCUGCCAGGUGGUGGCGUCCAGCGUGGAAACAUCCUUAAUCUUAAUGGGGCAGGAGACCCGUUAACUCCAGGUUAUCCUUCAAAAGAAUAUACAUAUAGAUACAAUGAGAAGGAUGGUGCAGGGCUUCCCGCAAUUCCUGUUCACCCUAUAGGCUAUAAUGAUGCCGAGCAUCUUCUACGGAACAUGGGUGGAAAACCUGCCCCCGACAACACCUGGAAGGGAAGUCUUAAUGUGUCGUACAAUAUCGGUCCUGGGUAUAAAGACCCUCAGAUGUCCCAGAAAAUCAGAAUGCACGUCCAUAGUUACAAUGAAAUAAGACGUGUCUAUAAUGUCAUUGGGAUCAUUAAAGGAGCAGUGGAGCCAGACAGGUAUGUCAUUCUUGGUGGUCAUCGAGACUCCUGGGUUUUCGGUGGUAUUGAUCCACAAAGCGGGGCAGCCGUGGUCAAUGAAAUCGUGAGAAGUGCCGGAAAAUUAAAACAACAAGGUUGGAGACCGAGAAGGACCAUGAUGUUUGCGAGCUGGGAUGCAGAAGAAUUCGGACUGUUGGGUUCUACAGAAUGGGCCGAGGAAAACGUUAAAAUACUCCAGGAGCGUGCCGUGGCUUAUAUCAAUGCAGAUUCUUCCGUAGAAGGGAACUAUACAUUGAGAGUGGACUGUACCCCUUUAAUGUACCAGCUGGUCUAUCGCCUGACAAAAGAGAUUAAAAGCCCCGAUGAAGGUUUUGAAGGUAAAUCUCUCUACAAAAGCUGGCAUCAAAAAGACAACUGGACAGAAUAUAAAGACUUGCCAAGAAUAAAUAAGUUGGGCUCUGGCAACGAUUUUGAAGUGUUCUUUCAGCGACUUGGCAUUGCGUCUGGAAGAGCACGUUAUACUAAAAAUAGGAAAGAAGGAAGAUACGGCGGAUACCCGGUUUAUCACAGCGUUUAUGAAACGUCGGAGAUUGUCGAUAAAUUCUACGACCCUCUGUAUAAAAACCACCUAGCAGUGGCGCAGGUUCGAGGAGGCCUUGUAUUCGAACUGGCCGAUUCCGUGGUUCUUCCCCUGAACGGUCAGGACUAUGCAGACCAGCUAAAGAAUUACGGAACCAUUCUUCAAGACAUAGCGAGGAAACACGAAGACAAAAUGCUGGCGUACGGCAUAUCCUUUGAUCAUCUGUUUUCGGCAAUUCAAAAUUUCACAGAAACGGUUCAAUCGUUUAACUCACGGCUGCAACUACUGGACCUAUCCAACCCUAUUGCGGUGAGAUCCGUCAACGACCAGCUCAUGUUUUUGGAAAGAGCCUUUAUUGAUCCUCUUGGCUUACCAAACAGACAAUUCUAUAGACACAUCAUUUAUGCGCCGAGCAGUCAUAACAAAUACGCCGGAGAAUCUUUCCCCGGGAUCUACGACGCUCUAUUUGAUAUCGAAAACAAACAAGAUGAACUGAGCGCCUGGGACGAGGUCAAGAGACAAAUUUCCAUAGCGGCUUUUACCGUCCAGGCCGCAGCAGAAACGUUAAAGGAGGUGGCAUGAAGAGCCCGUGGAUUCUCUCCC